AUGUCAUCUGGUCCAACUUCCGGUUCAUCAAUGGAUACAUCGGGACCAAAUUCACCGCCACCAAGAGCCGCUGGACAAAAUGGAGUUUCUCUUAGGGAUCUUUGUUGUUUAUUUUGCUGUCCUCCAUUUCCAUCAGCAAUUGUCUCAAAAUUAGCAUUUAUGCCGCCAGAAUCGAGCUAUACAAUAACUGAAAAUAACAAGUGAGCUUUAGAAUUUUAUUGGAAUCAAAGUUAUUAAAAAAAAAUGAUUUUAGAUUACAAUUAAUCGAAGGCCGUGCCGCUUGGCCACAUGAAAAUCGAUAUUUAUCAGAAUGUGUGGAAACAACAUUGGUUAGGUAUGGUUUUUUAGGGGAAAAUUGAGAUUUUCUGCUAGAAUUGUUCUGAAAAUUGAUGGGAAAAAGCUCAAAAGUAGAGAUUUUCCUUCAAAAACGAUCAUUUUUUGGUUUAAAACUUGAUUUUACAUGAAAGUUUCGGAAGUUUUCAUUAAGUUCGGGCUAUUUUUAAGGAAUUUUGGGUCAUUUUUACCCUAAAUUCUUAAUGUUUACUCUAAGUCCCUUAAAAAAAACCCUAUUUCCCUUACAGAACUCGCCGUCGAAAUAAAAUAAGUUGUGCAAUGAUUCGACCAAUUCAAAACGCCAAAUUCACACUAUUAUUCUCGCACGGAAAUGCAGUGGAUUUGGGACAAAUGUGCUCAUUUUUAUAUGGUUUGGGAUAUCAUUUAGGAUGUAAUGUGUUUAGCUAUGAUUAUUCGGGUAUGUUUGGGAAGGAAAAUUGUGGAAAAAUUGGAUUUUUUGGAUCAAAAUGACUGAAAUUUCAUGAAAAUUACAUGAAAAUCAAUAUUUUCAACCUCAAAUUAUCGAUUUUUGAUCAAAAAUUCGUAUUUUUGCAGGUUACGGUUGCUCAACGGGAAAACCAUCGGAAAAGAAUUUGUAUGCGGAUAUUUCGACGGCUUUUGAAACGCUGAAAAAGGAUUUUAGUGAGUUUUUUGAGGGGAAACGCUGAAAAUUGACAAAAAUGACUAGAAAAUUUUCGAAUUUCCCUUUAAAUUUAUUAUUUUUACACGAAAAAUGGUCAAAAAUCACUGAAAAAACCAAUUUUCCCACAAAUUUGGCUAAAAAUCCCCCAUUUUUUGCAGAUGUUCCAGCAGAUCGUGUAAUUUUAUAUGGACAAUCAAUUGGAACAGUCCCAAGUGUUGAUUUGGCCAGCAGAGAACACGUGGCUGCUUUAAUUUUGCAUUCACCAUUGAUGAGUGGAAUGAGAGUUGCGUUUCCUGGAACACAGACUACCUGGUGAGGUUUUGGGAUGGUUUUGAGGCGGAAAAUCUCGAAUUUUCGCGGAUGUGAUGAUGUUUUUGGCUGAAAAUCGAUAAUUUCUGAUUUAAAAUUCAAAAAUUAUCAGUUUUCUGAAUUUGAAAAUACUGGGUUUUUUCAAAUAUGUUGAGCAAAACUGAUAAUUUAUAUGAUUCAAAAUGAAAAAUUGAAUUUUACAGUAAAAAUUCAGGCGUUUUCUGUAAAUUGUUGAUUUUCCGAGACAAAAUCUGAAAAAUCUCAUUUUUUUCUGGCUAAUAAUAUCUUGUAAUAAAAAAAAACAUAUUUUCCUAUGCAGAAAAAACGUAGAGACAAUGUGAAAUUGAGAGAGUGCAGACAGACUAAUUAGUUUUUGUAUUUUUGUGCGAAAAAUCAAGUCUGCACUCUCUCAAUUUCACAUUGUCUCUACUCAAAAAAUAAUAGACUAGGAAAAAUAUGUUUGUUUUUAUUACAAAAUAUUAUUCUGCAUAGGCCCAUAAAACCUGGCCAGAAAAAAUAAGAUUUUUUAGAUUUUGUCUCGGAAAAUCAACAAUUUACAGAAAACGCUUGAAUUUUCACUGCAAAAUUCAAUUUUUCAUUUUGAAUCAUAUAAAUUAUCAGUUUUGCUCAACAUAUUUCAAAAAACCUAGUAUUUUCUAAUUCAGAAAAUGGAUAAUUUUUGAAACUAAAUCGGAAAUUAUCGAUUUUCCUUUGAAAAUUUCCCAUUUUUCCUAUUUGGUAGGUGUUGUGAUGCAUUUCCAUCAAUCGAAAAAGUGCCACGUGUCAAAUGUCCAACACUGGUAAUUCAUGGAACCGACGACGAGGUUAUCGAUUUUUCGCACGGUGUUUCGAUUUAUGAACGAUGUCCCGCCUCGGUUGAACCGCUUUGGGUUCCAGGUAUGUCAAAAAACAUCCACGUGGCAAAUCAAAAAAAUUUUCCAGGAGCCGGUCACAACGAUGUUGAACUCCACGCUGCCUAUCUCGAAAGACUUCGAAAUUUCAUCGAACACGAAGCGACAGCCGUCCGAAUUGAUGCACCAAUUCGUGGCGAGACCGCAUCUUCUUGA